AUGCGGCGCUCGAGCCUCCCGGGCGCUCGGUCACCGCGCCGUAGCGGGCGCGGGCAGAGUAGCCACCGCCUACCGCCGGGCCGCCUCUGAGCAGGAAGCCGUGCGCCGACCGCGAAAGCCCGCCCCCAUGUAGCGACAAGCCCGCCGGCCCCAGGGACGGGAGCGAGGGGCGGGGGGAGGCAGGGAGGGCGGGGAAGCGGGGCGGCCCCGCAGAGGAGAAGCUGCCCCUCCGCGACUGCUCAGAAGGCGCUUCGCCAAGCAGCCGCAACGUCCAUGUUGACGGCCGAAACCGGAAGUCUAGCAGAACGGAAGGGGAACCUGCAGGGGGCCUUCCGACAGAACCCGUGUUUAUUCUCCCCGCUGUCUCGCGCGGCGGCGCUUGGGGGCGCGUGGGAGUGGGGCGGAGCCGGCGCGCCCGGGAAAGCGGAAAAGAGGUCGCGCGCCGCCGGAAGCAGGAGUGAGGGUGGAGCCAAAUCGUCACCGCAAACGUCAGCAAGAUCUCCUCCCCUCCCCUCGCCGCUCUCCCUCCCUCCCUUCACCCGUUGGCGUUUUAAAGACAACAGUUUGCACUGA